AUGAGUAUAAAAAUCGAAAAACCCGUCAAAGAAGAGACGUGGAACAUCAAACCGCUGCCGGGAUACGUCUGCAAGUGGAAAGAAGUGAAAAUCGACGGUGUCGUCACUGAAGAAUCGAGAAAAUGUUUUAUUAAUGUGUGCCAUUGUGAAGAACUACCGCCACCGAUCGAUGACUUGGAGCAAGAAGAAAUCGCAGCUCAAUUGGACACCGGGAAGCCAACAUUUCGGAUUCCGAUGAGUAUUGGUGAAAUGGAUUGUGUAAAGGAUAAUAGUAAUGAGAAUUCUAUUAAAAUCGAUGUCCUCGUCAACAGCACAUUCUACAAAAAACGGUUGGCUUCUCAUGACGACGCAUUCUUUCGGCAUCUUCUUGCACUUAUUUUUUGUGAUUUGAUUAAAGAUAAACACGGCCUCGACCUUGACCCGCUGAAACCCAUAAUUCUGCGGAAUCGUGUGGUAGUUGGUGAGCUGGAAAUGCAGAAAGUGAAUAAGAAACCAGAACGACAAAUUGUCGAAGAAAUGUAUCAAGAGGAUUUGAUGAGAAUGGAGAAAGAGGCGGAGAGACAGGAGAAACAAAUGGAAAUGAUGGAGAUUAAGAAGGAGAUGUUCGGAGUCAAAAAUGUGGAAGGAGUGAGAAUCAGGUUGUUCGAAGGGAAAAGAUUGGAAAUUAGCUUGCGAUGUGAGCUGGAAGGAAAGAAGAUUGAGGAUCCGACGAGACUUGGCCUCCUGCUCAACGCUAAUCGAUGCCUGGUGACUCUUGACAAGAGCCGAAGCCUCUUCGAUAUCGGCCUUCCAUUCGACAUCGAUGCGAACAGUGUGAAAUCGAAGUUCAUCAGUGAAAAGUGCUCUCUAAUUAUCUCUGCUCCAAUUGUUCUCUAA